ACCAACUUUAUAUGGGACCAGGACAACUGUACCAUGAUUUGCAGAAUCUUUUACAUGAUUUGAAUGUAGUCAGUCAAAUUAGUCAACUGAUAGGCAGUCUUAAAGGAAACUAUCAGAACUUAAACCAGUCAGUGGCCCAUGACUGGACAUCAGGUUUACAAAAACUUAUACUGAAAAAAGAAGAUGAAAUCAGAGCUGCAGAUCGCUGCAGAAUUCAGCUGCAGCUUCCAGGGAAGCAGGACAAGUCUGGGCGACCAACUUUCUUUACUGCAGUGUUCAAUACAUUUACUCCUGCUAUCAAACAGUCUUGGAUCACCAAUUUACAAAUGGCUAAGCUUGCUCUUGCAGAGGAGAACCUCCUGGGGUGGUUCUGUGUAGAAGACGAUGGGAAUCAGAUCAAAAAAGAGAAGCAUCCUCUCCUUGUUAGACACAUGCCAGUAAUGAUGGCCAAACAACAGGAAUUUAAGAUUGAAUGUGCUGCUUAUAAUCCUGACCCUUACCUCUGUAGUGAAACUGAGUCAGAUUCCUGUUCCAUGGAGCAUGGUUUUCUGUGGAUUGGCAGUUGCACUAAUCAAAUGGGCCAAAUUGCAAUUGUUUCAUUUCAAAACUCCAGCCCCAAGGUUAUCGAGUGCUUCAAUGUGGAAUCACGCAUUCUCUGCAUGAUCUACAUUCCAGAGGAAGAGAAACAGAAAGAGUUAAAUGUGGCUCCAGAGUCUGAAAACAUGGCUACAAAAACCUUAAAAGUGCCUACUGUCUGCCUGGGCAUGGAGGAAGGAAGCAUUUCUAUUUACAAGAGUCAUCAAGGCUCAAAGAAAGUCCGACUUCAGCACUUCUUCACCCCAGAAAAAUCAACUGUCAUGAGCCUAACGUAUCUGUCGCAGUACUUGUUUGCUGGUCUGGUUAAUGGGAACAUUGCCAUCUACACAAAAGCAGAAGAUGGAGCCUGGAAUUCAGAACCCCAAAAAGUCGUGAAAUUAGGGGUUCUGCCAGUUAGAAGUCUACUCAUGAUGGAAGAUACCAUUUGGGCUGCGUCUGGUGGACAAAUUUUUAUAAUCAGUACUGAGACACAUACAGUAGAGCGCCAUUUUGAAGCUCAUCAAGAAGAAGGGAUGGUGAUCUCACACAUGGCUGUUGCAGGAGUGGGAAUCUGGAUGGCCUUCACAUCUGGAUCUACACUCCGCCUGUUCCACACUGAGACACUGAAACACCUCCAGGACAUUAACAUUGCCACUCCUGUUCACAAUAUCUUGUCAGGACAACAACGUGUUUCUGUGACCAGUCUGCUGGUGUGCCAUGGGUUAUUGUUAGUUGGAACAAAUCUGGGUAUUAUAGUAGCACUACCAGUGCCUCGUUUGCAAGGAAUUCCAAAAGUAACGGGAAGGGGAAUGGUAUCCUAUCAUGCACAUAAUGGCCCAGUCAAAUUCCUUGUAAUGGUUACAGCUGUAAACAAGAAAAACAAAAGCAAAUCAAGAAACAGUCUACCUCCUAACUCUGAAUCUAAAGAAGAUGACCAAAAAAAUGUCCUGCACAAUGACAGACCAAGCUCUUCCCUAAGUAACACUCAUGACACUGCAGUGUGGCUAGGUGGUUCAGUAGGAUCCAUUGCACAAAGAAGUGACAUGUCUUCAUCUUCUGGGUCCCUAACAUUGUCUCAUGGGUCAAAUUCCCUAGAACGUAGGCCAGAGGACAGCACCAUUUAUGAGCUCUUGAAGGAUCAAAACAUCUCACUUAAAAAUAAAAGACAGCGAUCCAGGAAAAUGAAAGCAAGUUCAGUAUUAGUCAUCUCUGGAGGACAAGGACAUAGAAGGGUGAACAAGAAGUCCAAGCAGCAGCGACAGGAUGAACUGGUGUCUUCUGUGAUGGUUUGGCAGAUUCCGCUAUUAAACAUCUAAGUGACUAAAACCAUGUUAAAUGGUGACUUUUUACAAAGUCAUUUGAUUUCAUUUCUAAACUCUACACGUGUUAUGAUGCUUUGUCUUUUAAAGGGAUUUCUGAUGUAAUCUUACUACAAUGAAUACCAAGGACCAAACCCUGCAACCAUUACUCAUGUGAGUAGUCCUGUUGAAGUCAAUUGGAUUGAUCACCUGGGUAAGGGCUGCAAGAUAAAUUCCUAACCUAGUUAGAACAUCCUACCUUAUUAUGGUAUUGAAAAUAUUUAGCUGCUGCUGAGGGCUCUGCUACUUAAAAUAUUGGGGAUAUAUCAGACCCUUUUAAAUGGUUUUAGAAUCUCCACUUUAUUUAUAUUCAAGUUUAUAUCUGUCAUUAUUAUGAUUCAUAGCACUUAGGAGAGGCAGGGAAGAUAUACCAUUUCACAUGCUGUUUUUUCCUUUCUUAAGUCAGCACUUUUUUCAAAAGUGAUUCUUGCAUAUACUGUACAUUUUAACAAAGUAGCAAAUAUUUUGAGCAAUAAAUAUACUAAUAAAGGGUAACAGAUUAAUUCAGUAAUCAUUAUAUACUAUAAUUCCACAAGAAAGUGUCUGGGUUCGACCAAAAAAAUUAACAGUCAGAUAGGUUCAUUGUUUUGUAUCUUUCACAGCAAAAAUACAUUGUUAUUUUCUAAUGCUCAAUAUUAUUAAAAAAACAAGGCUGGUGUGUUAACAGCAUUGGAAGAUGUGAUAUCUAUCUAUGUGGAGGCCCUUGCACAUGAUGAUUUGGGACAAACAGAAAAUACAAUACAGGUUGAAGUUACAAAAUAGAUGUGCAUUCUGACUAACUUCUUGGUGCCAGUACUGGCAGUGCAUUCUGUUUCUGGCAGUGGAGUGUACUUCUAGCAUCACGGGUAUGUAGAAAAUCUGUUUGCUGUUUUUAACAAUACAUAAAUUUUCAUUCUGUGAUGGCAGUGAAACAAUUAAAACAUGAAGAGGUACAUGGUUACACAAUGAAUAAAUGCAGGGAAUUAAUACUAAGUAUAAGACCAUCUGAAUAUAUCAAUAUCUACAGGAAGCGCACAUAGUAAUGCAUGCAUUCAUCUGAAAUCAAUUAAUGUGCACUUUAGGCAUGACUACAGGCUAAAAUCCCCUACGUAAUGUCAGUACAUAGAAGUGUGCUCUAUUGCUCAUCUGCAAGCAGCAGGGACAUGGCCAUCUCUCAGCAGUAGUCACCCCUCCUAAGCCAGAAUUUCAGAUGAACAGCUUCUUUUCCUAAAGUGAAUACCGAACUAUAAAGACAGAGCCAGAUUCUCUGCUGCACCCAGUCUUUACUGAUGGUUGUGGGGGGGGGGGUUCAAAUGAAUUAACUGGGGGCUUCACUAGACUACAUCAGCUGGUAACUAACCCCAAGGGGCUGUCCACCAGCUGAGAAUGUCUGGAUCUUGGGUCACCUGCCAAUCCACCUUUCUGGCAAAUCCUGUCUCACUCCCCUUCCAUGUCCAGGGCCAGCGUGGAAGAGAACUAUUCUGGGGGAAUUCUCAGCUAGAAAGAUCCAGGCAUUUCUAGCCAGUUUAUGCCACUCCAUAGUGCUAAGGGGCCAAACUGCAAGAGAGAAUGUGGCCAUAUAUUCUCAUUUAACAAAUAGAAUUGUAUGUUGCCCCAUUAAGUUAGAGUGCAGAGGGAAUUUUAUUAGAAUUUAGGGUGCUAUAGGUCAAAUUACUUUAUGGGAGGGAGUAGCCACCUCAUUGGGUGUGAGAACAAAACAAAGCUUUCAGUUCAGAAAAGGACUGUACUGAAGCAUGUUUGUCUUGAACAUGGAUGCUUUCCUGAACUGGGGUCUAACUAGGGGAUAGCCUGAGUAUUAGAAAACAUAAAAGAGGCCAGUAAAUCUAUGCCUAUCAAGCUUCAUUUGGAUGUGGUAAACUCUACAGCGCAUGACCAUCAACAGAAUGUAAGAGCAUAAAAUAUGAGUAAAACAUUUCCUAAAGCAGAAUAAAUACAAAUGUUUGCAUUGGCUAGAAUCAAGUAAACAACAUAAAGUUUUGAUUACCUAAAUAAAGUGCAUAUCCUUUGGGACAUUUUUAUUCCAGCUUGGGAAAAAGGGUUUCCACAUAUUUUAAAUGAUGUCAGUCACCUCUGAUAUAAACUGCUUAAUCUCACCAAGCAGUCAGAUCUGGGUGGGCAGACCCUUGUGGCAGCACAGAAUCCCACUGACUUCAAUGGAAUUCUCCACAAGCGUAAAAAUCCACCUGUGCAGAUCUGACUGCAGGGUCAGGGCCUAAAUUCUUAUCUCAUACCCAUUGCCAAGGUAUUUGAUUGUUUCGGUUGGGUGUUGUCCAUUGCUUACUUUAAUAAAGUAUUGUGAUUAAAAUUUAACUUCAGGAUAAAAAACAAAUGUUGACAGGCUUUUAUUCAUAAACUAU